UCUUCUUGUCUUCCCGCUGCAGCCCGAGAGAAAAAAAAAAAGAGGAACCCAGCCAUGCCUUGCAAAACCGGUGAGAAAGCUUGGAGAUUUCUCCUUCCUUCUUGCUCUAGAACCUGAAUUGGAACCCAGAAAUUCUCCCCCCUGCAUGAAGCUUUCGGAUCUGCCUUGCUCUGCUCCUCACCGUCCGGCUGCUCCUGCUUUGUGGGUGUGAUUUGUUCGGUUUUUUGCUUGCCGCCGGCCUCUUCCCCCCCUGCAGCUCCGGUUUUAGCUGGAGAAUUCUGGUUCCCGAUCGUUCUGUCAGUUAGUGCGUGACUUGAGUGCUCGGUUUUAUGUGAGUGAGGAAGUAAAACCGAGGACGGGGAAACCACGGGAAGUGACGAGUUAGAAAGCUAGUCAUUUCGAGAUUGAGCAUAGAUUUAGAAAUAAAUCAUGAUCUUGUAUUUGGAGAUUUAAAUUGGAGAUUUAUGAUAUCAGAGAGUUUAUAAAAUUUGAUCUUCAGAUUUUGGUGGUAUCAGAGUACAGUAUGAUAAGUUCCGAGCCUUGUGCAUUUGUGGGACCCUUUCACGAGUGCACGGUGUCUGUCGCGUCUCGAAAUCGGGUUUUGGGGCGUGACAAUGAUUGUUUGCCGUGAGGGAUUUUUGGGUAACUAGUUUCUUUUUUUGUUAUAUGAUUGUUUGCCAAGAUAUUUUCAAAUUGCAGGUUGUUGGGAGAGAUUUUUGGACAAUUGAGUUCAAUGAAUUGAACUGGAUUCU